UAUUUCAAUGUCGGAGUUGGCAGUUGAUGCUCUUGUAGUACCUAAAAAUAAACAUGAGUUUGUUACCUGCUAUAGUUGUAGAAAGCAAGGCCAUAUUGCUCGUUAUUGCCCACAAAACCCAAGAAAUUAUAAUGGAGAAAGUGAAAGACAAUGGAGCUAUAAUUCUAGAGCAAAUUACGGUUAUAGGAAUUAUGAUAGUAGACCAAGGCAAAAUUAUAAUGGAGGAUAUAGAAAUAAUAAAGGAUAUUCCACGAAUCGUCUUGAGGAAAAUAAUUCAUGGAAUUACCAUAAUAGGCAGUCACCGAUAA